AGGUGGAUAAAGAGAGAGAGAGAGAGUAAGGAUCCCCUCUGUUUCUGAGGAGUUCUCCAGACCUUCAUGACUGCCUGAAGAAGCUGGACCCCACCAGUGUAAGGUGCUGCAGAGUCCGUCAACGUUUCCGAGAGUUCCUGUUGCUGCUGCCAUGGACCUCAAUGCAGUGUUGCUGUCAUUCCUGCUGGUGUCUCUGAGCUGGUCCAGAGGAGCUGUGAUCACAGGGGCCUGUGAGAAAGACAUGCAGUGUGGUUUUGGUCUCUGCUGUGCUGUCAGUCUCUGGCUGAGAGGUCUGAGGAUGUGCAUCCCAAGAGGAGUGGAGGGGGAUGAAUGCCACCCCUUCAGCCACAAAGUACCAUACACUGGGAAAAGGCUACAUCAUACAUGCCCCUGUCUCCCCCACCUGGUGUGCUCCAGGUUUGCUGACAGCAAGUACAGAUGUACUGAAGACUUUAAAAACAUGGACUUUUAACAGAUGGCCAAAUGCUCAGAUGGAUACAAUUUGAGCAAAGAAGUCGAGAAGGCUGUGGACCACAAUCAUCUGCAACAACUUCAUUUUUUUCUUUAUGUACUAUGCAGUAAAACCCAACUUAUGACAUAACAACAUAGUGCAAUUUACUGUAAAGCACCACAGAUGUAGGAAAGUUGGAUCUAUAAAGCCAAAGUUUACUAUCAAGCUCUUUGUGAACCAUGCAUUUAUAUUCUGCACACUUUAAGCUAAUUUAUCAAGUGAGAUGUACAUAGAAAUAUAUAUUAUUGUCAAUAAACCUACAGUCCUAUGUUCUCCAUGUGCGAUCAAGUCACAUUUUUUAAAAAGGUUUGAUUAUAUUGAGGGUCCUGAUAAAGGCUGCACAGAUAAAUUUUAGAUUUUUAAAGAUCGAUUCAGAGGGAAGCUCCUGGUGAACAUUUCCAACAGCAGACUUGCUGACAAUCUCAAAUACAUAAAUCUUUGGGGUAACUAUGGCAAGAAUUCAACAAAGUCCAGUAAGACGUAUUUUUGUUUAACCCAGAAAAAUAUGUUGGAAAUUGGAGCAUAAAUUGUCCAAAUUUCGCCUGAACAAAGACACUGAGAGUCAGACUUUGUUUGCCAGUUUGAUCGACCCUGCAAGUUUAAAAUCUUAGACGUCUUUGUGUGGACUUUCACCUUUAAUUCUGCAGCCUUGUUUUCUUUAUUUAUUUUGAUGAACACCACAUUUUGCUUGGAGGAAUGAUUGGAAAAGAAUGUUGAGAAUGACAAAUAUGAUAUAGUAUUAUCAGCACAUGAGAAAUGUGAACAGUUGUAAAUCAGACACAGAAUUUUAGAAAUCAUUGUUUUUUUCAUUUAUGUUCCUGAGAAUUCGUUUUCCUCUUUUCUGCAGGAUGAAUGUUAUAAAGGAAUGUAGUUACAUAUUAUUUUGCUCAUACAUAUCAACAAUGC